AUGAAGACGACGACGGAUUUAAAUGAGGUUGGUGGCCUUCAGCUCGAGAGCCCACCAGACACAACAGGAAUAGCGUUUCCAGCCGGCACGUACGAGUUUGGCGCGGAAGACUUCCGUUUCGAUCUGGGGAGAGAGGAUGUGGACCUGUUCCCCGCGCCAGACAUCUACGAACGCGGCUCGUACAGGGCUCGGAAGCCUCUCAAGCUUCCCGAGCUCGGGAACGCCCUUACGGCGUGCAAGGGCUGGUGGGCCGAGGAGUUUACCUUUCGAGGCUUCGGGAUCGGCUUCGUCAAGCCGGUGUUCAGGGGCCUCCUCCUGCGGCCCGACCUCGGCGUGGGGGUCCGCCUGCCCGUGACCCUGCACUUUCGGUCGUGGGAGAGCAGGGAGGCGCUCCCGUCGGUAGCGCUCUCGCUCUUCGUGCUGUGGCCGCCCGCGGUGCAGGUGUCACAGGCGAUGUCAUAUCCGGCGGAGCUGCUGCAAGAGCUGGCCACCACCGCGGCGAGGAAGAUUGUGGUCCCGUCGAAGGAAGCGAUACAGGUUCGCCGCCGCAAGGAAGCCGUCCAGAGACUGGGGGUCAGCAUCGGGGUGCGCUAUUCGUCGACAUACGGGUUCCAGUGGUGGUUGUCUCCAUACUUCUUCCUUCUCCCCGGGGUUCGGGUUUUGUGGACGCUGUAUCAAUCGAUGAUGACGUUGCUGCUGUCGAGCUUGGCUCUGAUGCAAAGGUCGGAUGCCAGUGGUCUCGACCGAGAGAACGGGAGAGCCGAGAACCAAGAAGCGCUGUGGGUUGUUGCGUUGCGUAGCUGGGCGGCUGAGAAGACGUCGGGCUUGGGCUACGCCUUGUACUUGUCCGGCAACCGCUUGGGCGGAGCCGCCUACGUGAACUUCAUGCCGUUCUUCCUCCCAACCUUCAGGGCGGCGACGUCGCGGGAUAGCAGCGGCGUUAAGGAUCCAGGCGCAGAGCAGCGCGAACAAGGCGUCGAUGAUGUUGCCGCACCCGUCCAGGAGGAUGCCGGGACUCGAGAGGCGGUGCCCAGUGAGGUUUUUGUUGGGGUGACCCCGGAUGGUUGCGGUGCCGAGUCGAAUGCGACCGAGGCUGAGCAGCAGCGCGAAGGUGCCGUGUUGCAGCCAAUCUCUGCGUAGAACAGAGCGCGUCGGUAGGUUUGUGUAACACACGCGUAGCCAUGCGAGUUUUUGAGACUGUACAGAUUGUUGCGGAGUAAAUUCGUGUGCUGUAGAUAAAGAAAAGGAGGCCAAGGCUUGUAUGGAUCUUAGGUCGAAGGCGGCGGUCUGCUAAAUUGUGUUCCUUUACGACCGUUGCUGUCCCGAGUAGAGAGGGAGGAACCUGGUUGUUGCAAAAUAAAUGGCGGCCACAGCAGUGUUUAUUGUUCGAUUUUUUUUAAAGGGAAAAUUCUGAUUGGUU